AAAAGAUCCAAGAUUCUCAGAUUCUCCAAACAACUUGUCCAGAGAUUCACGGUAAUCUGCCCUCUGUACAGCGGCUAAUUGAGACAAUACACUGAAGUAGGAGCGGAUGGAGUAGAGUGGCAUCAUGGCCUUGCGCCUCUCCACCCAUUCUGCCCUGUUCUACAGGCAUGCUGUAUCCCGUCGGGGUCUGGCGGCAACAGUGGUGCUGAGGAGCUCGCAGUACACGUUCAACCGCAGACAACUCUCUUCAUCCAGGGCCCGAAAUAACACCCAGCAGGAAAACCAGAAAGAUGACCGCAAGGAGGGUGGCCAACCCGGUGGUAAAGAGUCGUUUAGCUCUAGAUUGAGAACCGCUUGGGGGAACACCAAGAUAGAAUGGCGCCCCAUUCCAAUCGCACUGGGCGUGGUCUUUCUGGGCCUUUUCCAAUUCUACAAGAUGAAACGAGCCGAAAGCGACAGGCAAGCAAUCCAAGAUCUCGAGGACGAGGAAAAUAGAGUGAUACCUCAUCGCAAAAGGAUCCGCCCAAGCGGGCCAUGGCAGGUUCAAAUCAUGUCAACUUUGCCGCUCAAAGCUUUGUCACGUCUCUGGGGCCAGUUUAAUGAGCUAGAGAUACCAUAUCCUCUACGCGUUCCGGGCUUCAAAUUAUACUCCUGGAUCUUUGGAGUCAAUCUCGACGAGGUAGCGGAGUCAGAUCUACACGCCUACCCAAAUCUCGCUGCCUUCUUCUAUCGCACACUAAAGCCAGGUGUGCGACCUAUUGACAAUGAUCCUCGCGCUAUCGUAUCACCUUCAGAUGGCCGGGUGCUACAGUUCGGCUUGAUCGAAAGAGGUGAGGUUGAGCAGGUCAAGGGCAUGACGUAUCGUUUGGAGGCUUUGUUGGGAGACACAACUCCCUCUGCAGUCGACUCGGACGCGAAACUCGAUAACCAGGAGCCAGACCCUACAAAUGUGGCAGCUGAUGAAGAAUUUGCGCGGAUGAACGGUAUAUCCUACACGUUGCCCACUCUGCUGUCGGGCGACAAGAAAGCGGAAGGCAAAAAGGAGCCAUCCCUCGAUGCUUCGACGACAUCGAAAGAGAGUACGGGAGUGGAGGUCAAAAAGCAGCUUGAUCUGGGUGAUGGUACUCCAUGGUACUCUCCGAAGCCCGCAUCAGAUACCGCUCUUCACUACGUCGUGAUUUAUCUCGCCCCCGGUGAUUACCAUCGCUUCCACUCACCCGUUUCCUGGGUUGUGGAAAGGCGUCGUCACUUCGCAGGGGAACUCUAUUCCGUCUCACCAUACCUUCAACGCACGCUUCCAGGACUCUUUACUUUGAAUGAGCGCGUCGUGCUCCUCGGUCGCUGGCGCUGGGGUUUCUUCAGCUAUACCCCUGUCGGUGCCACAAAUGUUGGCUCGAUCAAGAUUAACUUCGACUCUGAGCUGCGGACCAACAGUCUCACGACCGAUACGGCUGCUGAUCGUGCCGCUGCCGUCGCUGCAGAGCGUGGAGAGAGGUACUCUGGCUUCGCGGAAGCAACCUACAGGAACGCCAGCAAGAUCCUGGGCGGCCAUCCUUUGAAGCGGGGCGAGGAGAUGGGCGGUUUCCAGCUGGGUAGCACCAUCGUCCUCGUUUUUGAAGCACCGAUCGGCGCGCGAAAGAGCUUCGAUGCUGGCUGGACAGAUGAACGGGAGGGAGGAUGGACGUGGACCAUCCAGCAGGGGCAGCGCGUGAAAGUCGGGGAGAAACUGGGAUACGUUAAUAUCUAGACGAACUCUUCUCUUUCUAUCUUUGACAAAAUCUAGAUUUGGCAAAAAUAUCGAUCGACGGCUCGAUAAUGAAGGCUAUGAAAGAAAAAAGGAACAAGAGGUCUUUUGCUUUUCAUGUAUCAUCGUUAUGCCUUUUUUACAUAAUUUUUUAGACAGCCUUCAAUGUACCAUAGCAUACGAGCAAGGCGUCGAGGCUUAUUUCCUAUAGUUUCCAGGAAAGACAUCGGCUGUGACAUCGGCUGUCCGCUUUACAAGGACACUUGAGAAUACGAUACCCGUUAAUAAGCUUGGAAUUAUGCUAAGACGUAAGUUCUUUAUUUACCCUUC